AUGCGCGCCGAUGAAGAACCGCCGCCGAAUGAUCAGCAGCCGAAAGACAAUCCGCUCGACCGGGCGCAGAUCAACCUCGAGCAUUUAAUGAAGUACACUGUGAAUGUGCCCACCGAAGUCGGCAACCCGAAGCAGCCCACAGUUAGCCGCCAGGAGAAAGUGUUGAAUCAGGAGGAAUUUGACAAGAAGCACCAAUUCCGGCGAUGCAACUUUACACUGGCCCGCCAAGUCUACGGCCAAUUCAAGCGCUAUCGGCAUCAGUCAGGCAAGGAGUGGUGGCACUGGGUUUGCAAGCGGAUGCCGAUACUACAUUGGCUGCCAUCUUAUCAAUGGAGCGGUCAUCUGAUGGGCGACAUGUUCGGCGGGCUGAUGGUGGCGAUCAUGGGCGUGCCGCAAGAUCUGGCGUACGCGAUGCUCGUCGGCGUGCCCCCGGUCUAUGGCCUGUUUACCCAACUGUUCUGCUCGCUCUUCUACGCCAUAUUUGGCAGCUCCAAGCACACCGCAUCCGGUCCUUUCUCGAUCGUGGCACUGAUGGUGGGAACGCUGGUGUCCAGACAAGACGCUUCUCUGGGAACGAAGAUGAACAAUUCCACGGAGGUGACGGGCAGGAUGGCCGGGGUACUGUGCUGCACGGACGCGGUCCCAGCCAUCAAUGAGCACGAGGCGGUCUGGCGAGCCGCUGGGAUCACGCUGCUCGUUGGCAUAUUUCAGCUGAUCCUCGGCGUGAUGAAUGCGGGUGUGUUGGCUGUAUGGCUGUCGGACUAUUUGGUUGUUGGAUUGACCACCGGCGCGGCAAUUCACGUCGUCAUCAGCCAGAUGAAGUCGAUGACCGGCGUCCGGGCCGUGCCUCCAUCUUCCGAAUCAGUUCCCUGGGGUUUGGCCAAGUUCCUCGUGUGCUUUUUCCGCAACAUCACCCAGGCCGAAUUGCCCGUGUGCAUCUGCUCUGCAAUAUGCAUCGCCCUGUUGCUCAUCUCGUCGUACGUCAUCGAUCCGCUGGUGCGAAAGAAGUGGAAGGCGUUCAAGAUGCCCAUGGAAUUAUUGCUGGUAUCCGGUGCGACUUCACUGAAUUAUUUCUUCCACCAGCACCCCAGCUGGGGCAUCAAACUGCAUCGAGUCGGCUACGUGGCGAACGGCUUCGUCCGCCCGUCAAUGCCCGAUCUCAGCGGGUUCGAGGAUUGGUGGGCAGACGCGUUUCUCAUCGCCAUCGUCUCCUUCACCAUUCACAUCUCGUUGGCCAAACUCGUCUCCAAGCAGCAUAAAUACUCAAUUAAUCCCAAUCAGGAGUGGUUGGCGCUUGGGUUGAUGCACACGGUCUCGGCGCCGUUCGGAUGUUUUGCGGGUGGCUCUUCGAUGGGUCGCACGAUGAUGUUGGCAAAUCUGGGUACCCACUCGCAGAUGUCGGCUUUCGUGACGGCGGCCAUCGUUCUUGUCGUCAUCCUCUGGGCGGCCAAACUCAUCGAGUAUCUACCGAAAGCAGUUUUGGCGGUGAUCGUGGCAAUGUCGAUGAAAGAUCUGCUUCUUCAAGUCUUCCGCUCGUGGCACAUUCUACGGCUGAGCACCACCGACUUUUUGAUCUACUUUAUGACGGUGAUCACCACCGUCUUCUACGGGGUCACCACCGGGUUGGUCGUCGGCGUCUCUUUUGCCCUGCUCACUGUCAUCUUCAGGAGCCAGUGGCCUGAGAGCACAUGUAUGGGCCGUGUCCCGGGCACUUCGGCUGAAUACAAGGGCCUCUACCACUACAAGCUCGUCCUCGACGUCGAAGGCAUCAUCAUCUUCCGUUUUGACGCCCCGCUCUACUUCGCCAACGUCGAGACGUUCACCGACAAGCUCCACCACGAGACACGCAUAGACCCUAUAUUGCUGCGUUCGCAAUGCGAAGAACUCGAGCGGAAGAAGGAAAAGCACGGCUUCUGGAAUCGGCGUUCAAGCAAAGAUGCGCAGCACCCGGAACGUGUCCCCCUCGUAGCGGCGGCUGUCAAACAACAAAGCAAACUCGAGCUCCUUGAUGAGGGCAAACCGGAGAAGCUGGAAAAGAAGGAGAGCCCGCCCGGACCGAGGCAUGUCGAGGAGAAUCAUUCCGAUGGAGAAGCACCGUUGACCCACCUCACCCAUAUUGUCAUUGACUGCUCGUGCAUCAACUAUGUGGAUUUGAUGGGCAAAGACGCGCUACUCAACACCUAUCUCGACUAUCAGACGAUCGGCAUCAAGGUGCUGUUCGCCAAUGUCAAGGCCUACGUACGUCAAUUCAUCGAGGCGGCCGAUUUUCAUAAGUCCGUCCCGAAGGCCCAAUUCUUUGUGAGCAUCGGCGACGCCGUCAAGUUUGCCGAGGCGCAGCGUGCCGAAGAGCAGCAGAAACAAAAGGCCACCCCGACGCCGAGCGACCCGAAGACGAUGGCGCUGCCCAACCCGAAGUCGCCCUCCAAAUCACAGCUGGAGAUUGAUCUGACGACGGCCAUGGACAAGAAUUCACUCGCCGAGACGCAACCAUUCUCACCAACCGAACAGGCCAAAACACAGCAAGAAGCGAUCCGUGCCAAACAAAUGCUGCGCCGCGAACCAUCCGUGCAAAAGACCCAAAUCGAAGAGCCGCCCCUUCCACUCGACAAGACGAUG